AUGCGUCUUCUUGAUCCAUUGAAACGUGCUUUAGCAAUAGAAACAUCAGAUACUAAUCAAAUACCCACUCCAGCAGCUCGAUUAUCUCAAGGCUUACGAAGCAGUGCUCAAUUGCCCUGGAAUGAUGAAAUAUCAUCAGCAACAGCAAGUUUAGACCAAGCCAGAAAUGGAUAUAAUCAACAAAUAUAUAUCAAUUCAUAUCCUGAAUAUGAUCCCAAAGUGAGUUAUCAUGGUUACGACUUGAGUCGUGAUGUGUCUGAAUAUCAAUUUGGUGCAAAUAAUAGCAUAAAUCAAGAAAAUGCUACGAAAAAACCAAUACCACCUCCAAGAAAAAAGCGUUCGAAUUAUAAUUCUCAAAGUGAACUUGCUAACAUUAAAAAUGGUCGUGACCAAUGGUCGGGUCGUUUUGACUUUUUCUUUUCAAGCCUUGGCUAUGCUGUAGGCUUUGGUGCUGUUUGGCGUUUUCCAUAUUUAUGCUAUAGAAAUGGUGGAGGUGUUUUUCUCAUACCAUAUGUUAUCUUUCUAUUUGUUCUUGGCAUUCCUUUAUUUUAUCUUGAAGUUAAUCUUGGACAAUUUACUUCUCAAGGUCCAGUUCAAUGCUGGCGAAUGGCUCCAAUUUUUAAGGGACUUGGUAUAUCUAUGAGUUUAAUGUCAUAUUUUCUCACGGUUUAUUAUGCGAUGUUACUGAGUUACUCAAUUCUUUAUUUUAUACUUUCAUUCCGCUCAAAACUUGAGUGGACUACAUGCGGUUCAUGGGCCAGUCCACACUGUACAGAUGAUUUUUCUUCAUUUGUCAUGCCAUGUAAUUAUGAAAAUACUUUCAAAGAUCCAAAUGGCCGUUGUUAUACAUGGGCAAACCAAGGUUUAGUUCCAAUCGGUUGGUGGAAUGUAACAAGUCGGAUAGCAUUUCGAAAACCUGUUUUACCAUCAGAUGAUUAUUUCAAUAAUUAUAUAUUGAAUAAAUCAGCUGGUAUGGGUUCUAUAUCAACAGUGGAAUGGCCACUUGCAUUAUGUUUAUUGGCAGCUUGGACUUUAGUGUUUAUUUGUCUUUGUCGCGGAAUAAAAAGUUCAGGAAAAGUUGUUUAUUUUACUGCCUUAUUUCCGUAUGUUAUUCUUCUUAUUCUUGGCAUACGUGGUUGGACAUUACCCGGCAUGUCACAGGGACUCUAUUUUUACAUGAAACCUGAGUUAAGUCGAUUAGCUGAUCAACGUGUAUGGAACGAUGCAGCCAAUCAAAUAUUUUUUGUUUUAUCUGUUUCAUAUGGUGGUCUAAUCACACUAUCGAGUUAUAAUAAGUUUAAUCGAAGUACACUUGCAAAUACAUUAAUUAUUUCAAUCUCAAAUGUAUUAACUUCAAUAUUUGCUGGUUUUGUUAUAUUUGCAUAUUUGGGUUACUUGUCUUAUAUUACUGGACAAGAGGUUAAAGAUGUUGUAUCAGAAGGUCCCGGUCUGGCAUUCAUUGUUUAUCCUUAUGCAGUAACUACACUUCCAGGUGCACCAUUUUGGUCCAUACUUUUCUUUCUCAUGCUGAUUCUACUUGGCCUUGAUUCUGUGUUUGCAAGCGUCGAAACAAUUGUUGUCGUUAUAACAGAUCAAAUUCAUGCAUUACGUAGAUAUAAUACGCUAGUUAUACUUAUUGUUUGUAUAGCUCAUUUUGGACUUGGUUUACUUUUAUGUACUGAUGCUGGGAUAUAUUGGAUAACAUUUCUAGAUCAAUUUACUGGUUCUUAUCCAGCAUUUAUUAUUGGGUUAUUUGAAUGUAUUUGCAUUGCUUAUAUUUACGGAGUGAGUCAAUUUCAUGAAGAUUUAAAAGCAAUGCUUGGCUCAAGAAAUUAUGGUGUAAGACUUUAUCCAAUAUUUAAAAUAUGUUGGCUGUUCAUAACACCCGGAAUAAUAAUAGCAUUGAUUAUAUUUACAUCAAUAAAUUAUCCACAACUUAAACUUGGACUUUAUACGUUUCCUCCAUGGUCAUAUAAACUUGGUUGGGGUUUAACAUCUUUAAUUCUAUCUGGCAUCGUACUAUAUGCGAUAUAUGCUAUUAUAUUUGAUUUACUAGUAAAACGAAAAUCUUUUCGAGCUUUAAUAAAUCCUGAAAAGAAAUGGGGUCCAUUAUUAGAACAAAAUCGAAAGAAACUUCGUUAUUAUUCUUGUGGACAACAAGGUGCUCUUGUUUCAGCUAUUGAUCAAAUUAUAAACCGAUCGUUAUCAAAUCAAACAUUAGCUAGAUCAAAGCCAUCACCGUCAUUCAUGGAUGAUGAUCGAGCACAGACACAAGCAUCAAUGAAAAGGACGGAUCGCUUUCGACCACACGACCACCAAGUCGAAUCGGAAGUGAGUCUGCUGUCUGACUUCAGUCUGCAAUCGCACAAUGGAUUUCCUGUAUAA